CCCACCGCAAACGGCCGCGCCCGAAACCGCCCGCCCGUCCACCUAACCUCCCUCCCGUCACACGAACGGCGAACCAACUCCUCGGGGAGGGAGGAAACGAGAGCCUCGGCUUCGUUCGGCUCCAACCACACCCUACCCCCCACGUCCUCCGCCCUUAUAUACGCGCGCAGCCCCACCCCCGGCCGGCGGCGAGGGAGAGCGGCGACCGAUCGAGUGAAUGGUGGUGCUGCCGGGCGGCGCGGCGGGGGGAGCGGAUGGCGGCGGCGCGCCGGAGGGGUCCAGAGGAGGAGGGUUAGGAGGGGCGGCGAGGGUGAAGGGGUCGUGGACGCCCGAGGAGGACGACCUGCUUCGGCGCGCCGUGACGCGGCACGGCCCGCGGAACUGGAGCGUCAUCAGCGCGGAGAUACCGGGCCGAUCGGGCAAGUCGUGCCGGCUGCGGUGGUGCAACCAGCUCAGCCCCGGCGUGGAGCGCCGCGCCUUCACGCCGGAGGAGGACGCCCUCAUCGUCGCCGCGCACGCGCAGUACGGCAACAAGUGGGCCACCAUCGCGCGGAUGCUGCACGGCCGCACCGACAACUCCGUCAAGAACCACUGGAACUCCACGCUGCGCCGCCACCGCAGGGCCGCCGCCGCCGCGGCCAACGGUGGCGCGCUGCCGCUGCGGCCGCUCGCGGCGGGUCCUCCUCCCGUCCCGCUCCGGCAUCUGCUGGCGGACCCCAAGGAGUCGUCGCCGGCGCCGGCGCCGGCCUCCGUCGUCCCGUUCCAGCCCCUGGAUCUCAAGCGGGAGGACGACGGCGACGAGGAGGAGGAAGACGAGGACGAUGAGGACGGAAGCAGCGAGGACUCCGUGCUGAUGGCGCCGCCCAAGAAGCGGCCUUGCCUCGGUGUCGGCGCCGGUGCCGGCGCCGGCCACACGCAUCCUUCUCUUUGUGCAGUGAAGCAGCCGGAGCACACGAAGCCUCAGCUACCGACCCCGGCCGCCGAACCGGUCACGUCGCUCACCCUCAGCCUGCCAGGCGGCGGCGGCGGGACUGUCUCCGAGAACCCGGAACUGCGCGGCGCUGCGGCGGCGGCGGUGUCGAGCGUGGAUGGAGCUGCGAAGACGCGGGCGAAGCUGGAGCAGGACUGCCCGUGGCUGCUGCCUGUGAUGCGGCAGAUGAUCUGCGAGGAGGUGCAGCGGCAACUGCAGGGGGCGAGCGUGGCCUGCUCGCUCGUCGCGUCGCCGGCGGGCAGGGCCAGCGCCGGCGCCGCCGACGGCCAGGACUGAUCGGCAUGCGCCUUCAGACGACGAAAGGACGGGCAGCGACCGAUCGGCGGCCGAGUUCCGCCACCAUCUAACCCCUUUGUUGUUUUCUUCGUUCAUCAUCGCAUGAACAAUGUCCAUCGUCAUCAUCAUAGGUAGGAUCUUAGAACAGUUCCAUGGAACAAAAUUUUACUUACUCCUGCUAGCAGCAGUAAUCCAAGCAAGUUACAGAGACAACUGCAACCAUCCGUCCGAUAGAUGA